UUAUAUAAGAACAAUCUAUUUGUCAUUGUGCUUUGACUAUGGAUCAAAGUGAACUUUCAGCAAUCCCUUACGUGUGUGCACCGCCCUUAUUGACACCUCUUGAAAAACGGUCUCGGCAGUCUCCCUCUUUUUAUUUAUCACUCCAGGCGGAGGAAAGACAAACGCAACUUUUCCGCUGAAAAAAGAAAAAAACCAACUGCGUAACAGAGGAGAGGAGUGGAGCGCUCUCUCAGUAGAUGCGAGCUUUGUGUGGUUAGGCUGAUGGAGAGACUUUGUGUCUCUACUCGUUCAAUUGUUCGCUUACGGAGGAUUUUCUGAGCUAUUAACUGAAAGGCACAUUUUUUAUCGGACGCACGUAACCCAGUAAAGGUUGAAACCCCAUAUAACGUAUGCAGGUGAUGAUGUGUCUGUUUCCAAAGAAGAUUCAGUUGGGUUAGAUUUUCAAAAUUUUCAAUUGAACUCAUGCAAAUUAUUUGAAGGAAGGGAAAAGCUAGAAGCAUAUACCACCAAGGGUAACAUAAAUUUUGGAUUAAAUCUUUUUCAAUUUCACCAAAACAAGAGUGUGUGUUGUAAGACAUGGGAGACUCAAACAUCAGCCACUUGAUAGCAGCUUCUGCAGAGAUCCAGGAUGGUCACCUGGAUGGCAACUUGGAUCAGUAUAUGGACAGCUAUGACCUGGACUACGGCAUCCCUCCUGAUGAAAUUCCAGAUACAACUCAGGGCCAGGCCUUCUUUGUGGCCACCAUUAUCAUUGGCAUUGUCCUUGUGUGCAUCAUGCUUGUAUGUGGGCUGGGGAACUUCAUAUUUAUUGCCACUCUUACACGCUACAAGAAGCUCCGCAAUCUCACCAACCUGCUCAUUGCUAAUCUGGCGAUCUCAGACUUUAUUGUGGCUGUGGUUUGCUGUCCCUUUCUGGUGGACUACUAUGUGGUAAAACAGCUUUCCUGGGAUCAUGGAUUGGUGCUGUGCGCUUCUGUAAACUAUCUCCGUACUGUGUCACUUUAUGUGUCCACAAAUGCGCUGCUGGCCAUUGCGUUUGACAGGUACAUGGCCAUAGUACAUCCUCUCAGACCUCGUAUGAAGUAUCAGACAGCCUACUGCCUAUUAACAGGAGUCUGGAUGGUUCCCAUUCUGAUAUCAAUUCCUUCAGCCUAUUUUGCUUCUGAGACCAUGUACCCUCAUGGUGGCACCUCAUCAACCACUCACAAAGUCUUCUGUGCCCAGAUCUGGCCUGUAGACCAGCAGGCUUACUAUCGAUCCUACUUCCUGUUUGUUUUUGCCGUGGAGUUUGUUGGCCCUGUCAUCGUCAUGUCAAUGUGUUAUGCCUGCAUUUCCCGUGAACUGUGGUUCAAAAAUGUCCCAGGUUUUCAGACCGACCAGAUAAGGAAGAGGUUGCGUUGUCGUCGUAAAACAGUGAUGGUCCUUAUUGGAAUUUUGACGGCCUACAUCCUGUGCUGGGCACCAUACUAUGGAUUCACUAUCCUACGAGACUUCCAUCCAACACUCAUCUCUCGCCAGAAAAACUCAUUGGUAGCUUUUUACAUUAUUGAGUGCAUUGCCAUGAGCAACAGUAUGAUUAAUACCUUCUGUUUUGUCAGCGUCAAGAAUAACACUGUGAAGUAUCUGAAGAAAAUAGUCCUGUUGCGCUGGAGGUCAACAUAUGUUGCUAAUAAGAGUGGUGAUGAGAUGGAUAUAAGAACCUCAUCCAUGCCAGUAACUGAAGAAAUUGAAUGCAUUCACCUACGGUGAUGGGAAUAAACUUUGGUAACACUGUCAUUGAGAUUUCAACUGCUUUUAUCCAUUUCCCAUAGCACUGCAGGUCAUUAUUUUGAGUGUGUUCCUCAUAUUUCAGAAAGCGUUCAGUUAUUAUGCAGUAUAAAACAAUCUUAAAACAGUCAUCUGGAGUAGCUGUGACUAAGAAAAAAGUCGCCACCAAAAAAAAGGUCACAUACAAUAUUUCAUUGGACCACCUUUAGCUUUGAUAACAUCACACAUUCGCUGUGGCAUUGUUUUGAUA